UUCAGAUGUUCAUUUUAUGUUUCCACUCAAUCUAGUCUUUAUUAUCUGCAUCUCAGUGCUAAUUUUUUACCUUUUUUUAUACCGUUUGCAUGGAACUUCACUUUUCGCCCGCGUUUUUUAAUACAAAACACGUGACUUGUAUUUGAUUGAGUAGGCAGGUUUUUGAUUGGACUGCUCCAAAAACUGCUCCAAAAACUUGAACAAAACGAUGGAUAUAUUUCUUUGCAUGGAAGAAAGUUGCCCAUGUAGCUCACGUGAGUUGAGAACGAGUUAAUAAAACUUAAAUUUCAUGAUACACAAAUGAAACUGUUGACAUUCCACCCUUUCUUUUCUCAUUUAUCUUUAAUCAGUAAAAUGAAACGGUACGAAAAUAGAAGCCUUCAGUUUUGAGAGUUCCGUGCAUUGCUGUUUCUUCCGAUGACAAUUAAUCUCAAUAAAUUGAGCUGUUUUCCACCUGAAAUAAAUUUGUAUCUAUAUAUUGCAUCUCGCAGCCUUAAAGACCAUUCUCUUUAAAAAUACGAAUUCCUCGCUUUCAUAUCCAACUGUUCAUGAAGGAGGCUCGCAUGCAUCACCUGUACUUGAAUGCUCCAUGUUUCUUUUUCGUUGUUAAGUUGUAUGAACCAUAAAAGAUUAAUAAUAAUAAUGAUAAUAAUAAUAAUAAUAAUAAACAUUUUUAGAGCGCAAAUACAAAUAAAAAAUUAUCUAUCUAUGGCGCUUUACAAUGAUAAAAGUUUAUAACUAGAUUUAGAUAAUUAAUAAGAAGUCCUUUACUUGUAAAAAAUCUUAAAACGGCUAAAAUGAAUGUUUAUGCAAUGAAGUCCGUUUGACUAAAAGCAAUUUUAAAGAAAUGCUUACAAAGCAAGGCUAAAUUUUUAUCGACAUUUUAAUCUUAAUCUAUAGUCUUCUGAGCAAGCAAGAUAAUUGUGACUUUGUUGUAAAAUGUUUCGUGGACCAAUUCAUCAAACUUGUGUUGUAUUUGUAUGUUCCAUUACCUAAGAUGUUUUUGUCAUGAAGAGACACUAGCAACGAUUUAAACUUUCUUCUUUUGAUUUAAGAAGUAUUUAGGUUCAGAAUCAAAACAAAUUUCAAGAAUAUUGAGGUUCAUGGCAAGCUUACAUCUCAUGUGAUGAGAAUCUUCGUAUUACCAAACUUUAGACAGCAUUACUCUGAUGUGGAGCAUCACAGGACAGACAUAAAGAGCCAGAAACUGUCAAUCAUUGCUGUUAUCCAACACUUUUGUUUUCCACUAUUCGUUUUGUUUUGUUACUUGUGAUGAUUAUUUGCAGACGGUAAACGUUAAUUCAAAUUGUUAAUGUUUGUCUCCUUUUUGGACAGUGUCAAACAUAUCCUGACACAAAAUUCAAACAGAGAACAUUGUCUUUCCGUUAUAAAUAUUGACAUCAAAUACACCAUGAUUGUUUAAGGUCGCAUAGAAAUAUUACUAAUAGCGUUUGCAGAUGUCUCUAAAAGACAGGAUUGUAGCUCGAUUCAGUUACACUAGUUGAAGCAGUUUGGAGCAGGAGUGGUGGAUCGUCAGAGGAAUUAAGUCUUACUUCCGUGAAAUUGGAUAGAACAAAUCAAGGCCAUUGAGCCAUUGUGCGCAGAUCAUGCCUUCUCCAAGUAUUCAUGAUAUUUUCAAAAGUCCGUCAUCAGAUCGACUGUUGGAACGCAAAAAGCAUUCUGGAAAUCUCGAGUCAACGAUUUCUUCUGUCCGACGCAAACUGAGUGGGAACGCGAUGAAAACGUCGGGAAAAGCAUCUGUUUCUGGGCCUUCUCCAGAGACUUCAAAGUCAAGGAGAAAGGGUGUAGUGAAGAGGCUGUCAGUCCAGUCAGCAUCUUGUAUCGAGGAAAUGAAGCAUAAUAGCUCAGAUAACGACAUACGGCUUGCUGUGGUUGGCUCAGAGCGCACUGGAAAAUCAGCGUUAACAGUUCGGUUCCUUACGCGAAGAUUUAUUGGUGAAUAUGAUUCCUGUUGCGAUUCUCGGUUUCAAAGGGAAAUAUUUCUCGCUGACACCAGAAUAGCAUUGGAUGUCAAAGAUACUUCAAAAAUGUAUUGGAUGACAGAGCCAAAGAAACUGAUAAACUGGGCAUCAGCCAUAAUUGUUGUUUAUUCAGUUACAAGUAGACAAAGUUUUCUUGAUGCCGAAAAAAUUUUGCAAAUGAUUCACGAAUCGAAACCACUGGAGCAGGGAUGUACUUUAUUACUUGGGAACAAAGAAGACCUAGGACAUUUGCGGGAGGUCUCUUCAAAGGAGGGUAAACGACUUUCGGUGCAUUACGGCGUACGGUUCAACGAAGUUUCGGCAGCGGAGGGUUACGAGAAUGUAUACAAUACCAUUAUGAAAUUACUUGUCGAAGCUCUAGUAGUGGAGAAAGCGAAACAACACGAUGCGAGUAGAAGACUUUCAAUUUCAAAUGAAUCGUUAUCAAGCAGUGGACCAGGUAGUCCAAAGACAACGAUUCGACAGUUCAUGAAGGACACUAUAAGUUCUGUCAUGAUGACGCCGAGGCUCAGUCGACGGACUCUAACCGUUUAAAUCCUUUCUGCAUAACGCCGUUGUCAACUACUGACAAAGAGAAACGUCAUGUUUCUGGAAGGGAGUGGGAUAAUAAUCUGUGGCCAAUUGCCUCUAAUCUAUUGCAGCUCAUCCACUCAUUGUUCGUGGUCUCGAGUAAGCCCUGAGUUGAGCCACGUUGUGUCAUGACUUUAUGAAAAGAUGUCCCUACUCCAUUUUGUUUCACAACAACCUAUACGAUUUCAAAAGAAGAGCUAGACGUUUUUCGUCAACAAUAUCUGCGAGUUGUUUGUUCAGAUACAUUGAAAUUGAUAAAGAUAACAAAAUAGACGUGAUUGUUUUAUUUAUCGAUAAUUUUAUAGUUAUGUGAAACAGUUUUUGGUGUGA